UCCCCUUUUCAUACCUCCUUUGGGCCUCAUGGGUGACACUUUGUGGCUUUAGGCUGCAUAUAAGCUGUGAUUCAAGCACCCAUCUCGCUCUCGCAGGUAUUCGGUUCCGUUUGUUCAAAAAGGCUUAAACAGCGCAAUGUUCCGAAAAAAUGAGAUUAGUUAGAUGAUGGCCAGAAGACUUUGGCAGGAGAUCUCAAUUAAUUAUACUCAUCUUGACGUUCAAUAAUGAACACACCACCUACACUUUUUACGAGGGUCUUGGGUUGAUACAGGGUAACCACUAGCGUGGGGCGUUGGUCUUGAUCUCAAUUGAGUUGAACUGCGAACAUAGCUUCACUAAACCAUCUUCAACUCUCAUCUGAAGCUUCAAUAUGAUGCACUCAAAUUAUUGACAAAAUGGAAUGAGCUGAAUCGCCUAGAAGAAAAGAUACCAUCUCUUUCAUAUAUAUAUACACCGGCGAAUGGUCAGAGUCAAUCUCAACAUCUCUGAUUAAUACCAGAUAAUGACCCCAAGUUCAUCAUGAUUCAAGGCAUCUUUUACGCCAGAUUCUUCCCCCAAGAGGGCCCCAAGAUCGUCGCACAGUCCCCCGCAGGCUGCAUAACCCCCGUCGAAGGCUCAACCAAAUCCCCUCUCAUCGACUUCGACGUACUCCAUGAGUACAUCAUUCCUAGACAAGCCUUCUGCAAUCGCUAUCUCACCAUCAACACACCAGACGGAAAGUAUACUGUCCUAGGAUACCCAGUUGUUAUUCCUCACACCAAGUAUCUUCGAAAUGAGUUCAUCUUCAACUUCGGCCUCGUGCUCGACGCUGAUGUCGAUCACGUUCCUUAUGAGCGCGUCGUUCGUGGUCUAGCCUCUACCUUUUCUGAGAUGGAAAAACAGAACGAGUAUCUGAGCCAAAAUGCAGAGACUAAAGGAUCUGGGAGGAGACCGAUUGAUAGUUUGCUUGAGAUUGUUAAGGAGGAUUUGGACAAUUAUGGAGAGUGCAUGAUUCCAGUUGACGAAGCCAAUACUAUCAACAUGAAGCUCUUCCCUCACCACAUGGAUCCUCCUAGGGUUCGAGGCUGGCAUGUCCCUGUCCCAAAAGCCAAAUUCUCGGACAUUAUGGAUCCGACCUGGGAUCUCACCCUUCAGAAAGUCAUAUCUCACAUCGACGGUGUUUCUGAUGUUCGACGUAUCGCUCACGCUGCUUCUGUCUCUCUUGAGCUAGCAAAAACUGCACUCCGCCAUCUCCUCUACUACGACACUAUUCUACUUCUUGACAUGUUCUUUUUCACGGCAUGCUACGCUCCACGGCCUGGGAUUCAUGACUUUAUCCGAAAUGUUGACGGGAUGGUUGAUGAGUGUGCUGCAUAUGUAUCUCACGGACGCGGCCUUGUGAGCAACUAUCAUCUUAUCAAACUCAUGUCCACCUUUGCUCCUGGAAAAUCCGUCAUGGAAUGGCUCAAGGGGCACCAAGACACGGGAUUCGAGGUCCUCCGCUUCGUUGACGUUCGCAGAUUUGUUCAGUUCGGCGUCAUAAAAGGUUGCAUAUACCGCGUUCACAAAUUCGUCGUCUCUAAGCAAUAUCUUGCCGCCUUGGCCUCUGGCCAAAGCCGGCCUGUCCCAGGAGGAGAUCCACUGCAGAAGUAUACGGAUGGCUGUCACCACUUUGACCAAAUUAUCACAGAGCAGAACAUGACGGACAGUGAAAUUAUGGAGAAACUCAAGAAGUUGCCAGUUCCAAAGGGGGACUUGGCAGUCUUUUAUAGAUAGAUCCAGUUUCAAACUUUUAUACCCAUCAUUUUUAACAUUUUACAUCAUAUCUAUGGUAUCAUGCAGAUUACAAUAUACUACAGUGUUAUGUUACACGGCAAACACAAGCCGAUCCUGCG